AUGGUGACAGUGGGUACCACCGAGCCUCAGAAAGGCAUGCAGGUGUGGCGAGCAGCGCGAGGACCGAAGGGCGAGGGCCACGGACUCCGCGCCCGCUUCCGUAGGAUCUCAGCUUACGGAGCUGCGGGGGCCGAAGGCGCGGCGAACCACCUGUCGCGGGCGCACCGCGUCUUCGUCUCUGCCUUCUUCUCCCUUGGUCGCGGGGAGCCGCUUUACAUCCUAGCUGGGCAGCAGGGAGAGGACGCCUGUCCCGGAGGGAGCCCGGAGAGCCAGCUCGUCAGCCUCGGAGAGUCUCGGGUCGCUGAGGAGCACGCGGCGACGGAGGGGGCCGCAGGGGUCUCGGGGUCACGGCGCUGGACGCGAGGCGGCGGGGAUGGCGGGGGUGGCGGGGUACGUGCUGGCCUGGGCGUGGCGGCCGGAGGAGGCGGGCGGGCCCACCUGCGGCGCCGGGACCGAGGCCGGCUUCAGGCCUCACCUGAGACACUGGAGAACCGCUCGGUGGCGCCCGGGAGCAGCGAGAAAGGCGGCGCCGCAGACGGAGGGGGUGGCUGGACGUUGCGGGCCCCUUUUCCGCAGACAGGCCGCUCCUUGCAGGAGGGGGUGGAAUGCGGCCGGGACUGCGCGGAGGCCUGGGGCACGCUGCGCGGGGCCGCACUCCGGGGCUCCGGGGGCGGUGGCGGGGCCUGUACUGUGGGUGCAGUAGUUGGCGGCUACCCAGGGAGUGAUGCCUCAGAGAGUGAUAUCCUCUGGGUUGAUGGAGAAGAUGGGGUAUCCCUCAUACACCCCUGCAGUGAACCCUACCUAUAGCCUCUGGCAGUCAUGGAGAGCCAUGGAGAAGUGGAGAUCUGAUCGCACCUCAGGUCUGGUCAUUGCCUUUUGAAAGACUGCCAAUGGCAGGCAGGGCUCUGGUUAGCCAAAUGCAUGUGCCCAGGGGGCACGGAGCUAGCUGCAGAUACCUAGGGAUGCCUGGACCUGGCCACUCUACCAGGCCCUCUGGUUCUGUUGGUGACUGUCAUUGUGACCUCUACACUAAGCCUCCUUAUGGUGUGUGGGGUCCUGAUUCCAGGACAGCUGCUCUUCACCCUGGGCUCGGGUAUGUGCACCCCCACCCAGCAAGUUCAGCUGUCAGAACACUGUGCGCUGUUGCGGCUUCGCCUCUGGACUGCCCCUCACCUAAUUCUGCUCCAGUUGAUGUCUGGAGAGGAUGUAAGGAGUGUCCUGAGGAACAGCCAGCCACACUUGGGCCAGCCAUUACCUCUGGCCAUGCGUGACCUGCUCCAUCUGGCCCAAGACAGAGCCCCGGUCUGCCACUACCUGGAAGAAAAUCACUUCAUCCAUACUUUGGGAGUGAUCCUGACUCACAGGGAUGUUGCCACCAGGAGCUGACUGCUGAACUGUACUGGGCCCAGCUGAGUGGCCAAGAUUGGAGACUUAGGGUUGGAAAGAGAUAUCUACAGGUGUGGGGUCUGGGGAGGUGGGGAAGGCUGCUGGCUGCCAGGCAGGUGGAUGCUAGAGGCCUUCUUGGAGGGCAUCUUCACAUCCAAGACAGACUCCUGGUGUUUGGGGGUGCUGCUCUGGAAAGUCUCAUUAGGCUACAUGCCCUAGCCUGGGUGCACCUACCCGGACGUGCUGUACUUCGUUGCUGGAGGUGGACGGAUGGGCCCUCCCCGGGGCCUCCAGGGCCUGUACCAUAUCAUGACCCAGGGUUGGCAGCACCAGUCUGAACUCCACCCCAGUUUUGCUGGCAUCUCGAAGCAUCUCAGACACCGUAUUCAGGACCCUGAUGUGCCGAAUUCACCCCUGCCAAUGGAGCUGGGGCCCAUCCUGGAGCAGGAAGGGACUUCUGGGCUGGAGAGCAGGUCUUUGGAGGGCCUAAGAGCCCCACACGCCUAG